UCAUGGCGGCCCUGUUACGACUUGGAGCUGGUAGAGCAUGCCGACUUUUAGCAGCAAACGCUAUACGUAACCCUUCGAUCUACCAACGAAACUUGGCAAUUUUACACAAAGAACACAUUCUGAAAGCAUGUAUUCCCAGAUUUAGCGCCUUGAGGUACCUGAGCAGUGAAAGCACGGCUAGCGAGGCUGUUGAAGAAACAGCUGAGAUCGAGAGAAAUUCAGUGACCAAGGACUUAAAAGAAUUUCAAAAUGCACGCGAAAAACGAUCUAAUGCACCUGUAACUAGAUACGAUCGGGAUAAACGACAGCUAGGAACCAUCAUUGUCAAGAAAAUUCUGCUGAGAACAUUUGAGAGUAUUCUGCAAAAUGAGGGCCAACUGACACCGUUACAAGCUUACCAGGUGAUACGAAAUUGUGGAUCGCAGUUAUUGUAUGAACGACCUGAAAAGAGAGUUGAAUUGGCGCACUACAUGUGGGACAAGAUUAUUGAGACAGGCACUCAACCAGAUGAAACAUUAUACAAUGCAUUGUUAUCUGUGUAUGUUCAAAACAGUUACAUCUUCAAUCCCCUUGAAGUUCUUGAAGAGAUGGAGUUGAGGAAUGUUGAUCCCAACAGGGCAACCCUUCUAUUGCUUAUGCAGGGAUUUGCAGAAAAAGGAGAUGUAGAAGGCACCUUUAAAAUGUUAGAGUAUAUCAAAGAUUCCAAAAUGCUUCUUACAGAGGAAGUGUAUUCAGCUCUUGUCACUGCAUAUGGUCGCACUGGAGACAUUGAGAGUGCCAAGGGUGUGUUUGACCUCAUGAGGGAGAAUAAACUGGAGCCAGACAUCAACAGUUAUACUGCAUUGUUAGUUGUUCAUGCAGAAGCUGGAAAUGUUGAGGGUAUAAUGGAAACACUUCAAGAGAUGCAAGAAAAUAAAGUUUAUCCCAACAAGAGGGUAUUUUUAGUGCUGCUGGAUACACUUUCAAAGCGAGGACACUCUGCAAUUAUGAAAGAGCUCUUAGAGGCACCCCUUGUCAUGGGUUUUGUUGAAAAAAACCUGAGGGAGUUUAUGAUAACAGUUACAACCCGAGGGGAGAUAAACACUGCCUUCCUUCUGCUGGGAUACAUGCCGCAACCGACCAAUGCUUUCGGUCAAACUCUGGUCGACAGCAAUGAACGUGUUUUGCUUCGAAACACAAUCCUAUCUGGUCAGGGAAUGGAUGUUAUCAUGAUCACCAUUCGUGAAAUGGAUAGGCUGGGCAUCUUUGAAACAAAGAAACUGUAUGAACAAGCAUUGGACUUUAGCUACCAUGCUAGAAACCCAGAACUAAGUGUUGUCCUCUUGCAAGAAAUGCUAGAAAAGGAUUAUGGCUUUUGACGGAAAAGCAGAGGCAGCACAAUUUUGCUUCGAUAAGCUCAAGGAAGAAACUGAGCCAAGCGGUCUUGAUUACUGUCGGUUGAUUGAGGCUUAUGGCAGAUGUCCCGAUAAAGGCAUACGCGGAGGAUUAACAGACGAGAAAGCAGUAAAGAAGAUCAAGGAUUUGUACGGGGAACUCUCUUUCAAAGCGGUGAAAUUGACAAAGUUUGCCAAGGGUGUUGUUUACACCGCUUUCCUGAGAUCGGGUGAUGUAGAGCAAGCAGAGGAAAUCAAAUCGUACGUAAACUGAAGUGUCCAGUAAGAAUCUUGCUGAGUAAUUUGUAAUUUGGUGUCAAAAGUAACUCAGGGUUAUAUUCGUUUUGUUUUACGUUGCUCUCUGGUUUGUAUAAUAAUGUCGUGCCUCCCUCUUCACCAGUUUAUAGAGCACAGCGGUCGAACGUCGGGCAUGCGCGCGCCAAUUUCCAGCGCAGAAUUUAAAAGGAAAACAUAAGGAAUUACCGCUGUUCGGAAAAGUAGGCGAAAGAUAAUUGAAACGUUCAUAGAA